CUCCUACAACCACAACUACAGCUGAACCCACAACAUCUCUUGACCUCACAACAACUCAAGCUCCCACAACCACAGUUGUCAGUACAGAAACAACACCUCUUACUUCAACACUGGUGCCUACAACUUCAGAAAGUACAACAGCAGAAACUACAGCUACAACUUCAACAACCAUAACUUCAUCUCCCACUACUACAACAUCAGCUCCAACCUCAUCGAAAGCUCCAAGUACAGCAACAGCUGAAACCACAAUGCCACUUGCAACCUCAACUUCUGAAGCUCCUACAAAUACAGAUACUACAGCUGUUGCUUCAACAACAAUUUCUACAAAUUCAGAAAGUGCAACUUCACUUGCAACAACCACAACUACAGCUUCCACCACCACAAUGAUUCCUUCCACUACUACAUCAGAUCGAACUUCAUCUGAAGCUGCAAGUACAACAACAAAAGGUCCAAGCACAACAACAGUUAUGUCUCCAAUAACCACAGCAACAACAUCAGCUGCAACCUCAUCUGAAAUUCCAGGGGAAACACCAGCUCUAUUCACAGUGGCACUUGAAGCCACAUCAACAGCUGUAACCACAACUGCUGCUGCUCCAACAACAUUUACAACUUCAGAAAGUACAACUGCACAUGCAACAACAACCUCACCUACCACAUUGGUACCUUCCACUACUGCAUCAGCUGCAACCUCAUCUGAAGCUCCAAGUACAACAACUCAAACCACAACAACUUCAACUCUAACUGUAUCUCCAGCUACAUCAACAUUAGCAACAACAACAAAUAACAGUCCCACCACUGAAACUCAAGCUCAAACCUCAGCUUCAGCUCAAAGCACAAGCAUACCUACAGCAGCAAUAACAACUGCAUUCCAAAUAACAACUGCACCUCUAUCAAGCACAACUAUUGCUUUUACCAAUACAGCUCCAGCUCUAAGCCAAACAGCACUUACUACAACAACUGCACCUCCAAUAAUCACAACUGUGUCUCCAGAAAACAUAACUAUUUCUGUAACAAUUAUGCCUAUCUCCACAACACAAGUAACUCUAUCCCCAACUUCAACUCCAACAAAAACAACUGAACCUCCAAGAACGCCAACUGCAUCCAUGACAACCGAGACUGCUCUUUACACCACUACAGUUCCAGCUGAUAUCUCAACUACAGUUCCAAGCACAACUGCAACUCAAACAACAACUACAUUUCAAGCAACUACAGGAGGUCUGUUAAGCACAACUGUAGCUUUUGCCAGCACAUCUCCUGCUCCAGGCACACUGACACUUUCAACCAAAACAACUUCAGGUCCAACAACUGUGAAUUCAGAAACUACAACUGCAUCAACAACUAUAACUGGAAUUAUUACAGGUCUCACAAAUACAGUAGAAAUUCCAAUAGUGGUUCCAGUGACAAUACCAGGUCUAGAAAUCCAGAAUCCAGCAACCACAUCCACAUCUUCAACUAAUGUGACCGGUGCAGCAAUAGUCACAACCAAACUGGUAUUCUCAUCCUUGUCAUCCUUGCCCAAUGAAGCUCUUGUCCUGGGUGCUAUCAACUCUCUCCUUAAAUCUAGAGAGUCACAACUCAAUGAAUCUCUUAAGAUUGUGAAUGUUACCUAUCAGAAAAUUUCAGAAACCUCCUAUGCUGUCAUCUUUAAAUGUGAUCUAAGUAAUGUCAGCAUGCCAGAGGACCCUAAGUUCAGAAACAACACCUAUAUGCAAGUGCAGAAUGUUGUCAAUAAUGCGCUGAACACUCUUCUGAAUGAACCUGGCAAUGCAACAUUACAACCUACAUCGUCCAACUUCACGAGCACAUUAAACCAGAUUGAUGGCAGUAUGGGAUACAACUUCCAGGAUGGAGAUGCCAUACAACCAGUCAGCUUCCUAAAUGAGCUUCGUUUACAAUUGCAACUGACGACUACAACAGUGUUUCCAGAUUCAACAACCGGUUCCUCUGUGACUUCUCCAAACCUAAUAUCUGGUUCAGCAGUGGUCACAAGCAAGCUGCUGUUCAACUCUUCAUCUCCAGUCCCCAGUGAAGCUCUGGUCCUCAGUGCUAUCAACACUCUCCGGCAACGCAAAGAGUCACAGCUCAACGAUUCAGUGAAGGUGGUGAAUGUCACAUAUCAGAAGAUUUCCGAAACCUCCUAUGCUGUGGUCAUUACGUUUAGUCUGAGUAACAUCAGCAUGCCUGAAGUCCCUGAGCUCAGAAACAACACCUACACGAAAGUGCAGGAUGUUGUCAAUAAUGCGCUAAACACUCUUCUGAAUGAACCUGGCAAUACAACAUUACAACCCAAAUCGUCCAACUUCACGAGCACUUCAAACCAGAUUGAUGGCAGUAUGGGAUACAACUUCCAGGAUGGAGAUGCCAUACAACCAGUCAGCUUCCUAAAUGAGCUUCGUUUACAAUUGCAACUGACCACUACAACAGUGUUUCCAGAUUCAACAACCGGUUCCUCUGUGACUUCUCCAAACCUAAUAUCUGGUUCAGCAGUGGUCACAAGCAAGCUGCUGUUCAACUCUUCAUCUCCAGUCCCCAGUGAAGCUCUGGUCCUCAGUGCUAUCAACACUCUCCGGCAACGCAAAGAGUCACAGCUCAACGAUUCAGUGAAGGUGGUGAAUGUCACAUAUCAGAAGAUUUCCGAAACCUCCUAUGCUGUGGUCAUUACGUUUAGUCUGAGUAACAUCAGCAUGCCUGAAGUCCCUGAGCUCAGAAACAACACCUACACGAAAGUGCAGGAUGUUGUCAAUAAUGCGCUAAACACUCUUCUGAAUGAACCUGGCAAUACAACAUUACAACCCAAAUCGUCCAACUUCACGAGCACUUCAAACCAGAUUGAUGGCAGUAUGGGAUACAACUUCCAGGAUGGAGAUGCCAUACAACCAGUCAGCUUCCUAAAUGAGCUUCGUUUACAAUUGCAACUGACCACUACAACAGUGUUUCCAGAUUCAACAACCGGUUCCUCUGUGACUUCUCCAAACCUAAUAUCUGGUUCAGCAGUGGUCACAAGCAAGCUGCUGUUCAACUCUUCAUCUCCAGUCCCCAGUGAAGCUCUGGUCCUCAGUGCUAUCAACACUCUCCGGCAACGCAAAGAGUCACAGCUCAACGAUUCAGUGAAGGUGGUGAAUGUCACAUAUCAGAAGAUUUCCGAAACCUCCUAUGCUGUGGUCAUUACGUUUAGUCUGAGUAACAUCAGCAUGCCUGAAGUCCCUGAGCUCAGAAACAACACCUACACGAAAGUGCAGGAUGUUGUCAAUAAUGCGCUAAACACUCUUCUGAAUGAACCUGGCAAUACAACAUUACAACCCAAAUCGUCCAACUUCACGAGCACUUCAAACCAGAUUGAUGGCAGUAUGGGAUACAACUUCCAGGAUGGAGAUGCCAUACAACCAGUCAGCUUCCUAAAUGAGCUUCGUUUACAAUUGCAACUGACCACUACAACAGUGUUUCCAGAUUCAACAACCGGUUCCUCUGUGACUUCUCCAAACCUAAUAUCUGGUUCAGCAGUGGUCACAAGCAAGCUGCUGUUCAACUCUUCAUCUCCAGUCCCCAGUGAAGCUCUGGUCCUCAGUGCUAUCAACACUCUCCGGCAACGCAAAGAGUCACAGCUCAACGAUUCAGUGAAGGUGGUGAAUGUCACAUAUCAGAAGAUUUCCGAAACCUCCUAUGCUGUGGUCAUUACGUUUAGUCUGAGUAACAUCAGCAUGCCUGAAGUCCCUGAGCUCAGAAACAACACCUACACGAAAGUGCAGGAUGUUGUCAAUAAUGCGCUAAACACUCUUCUGAAUGAACCUGGCAAUACAACAUUACAACCCAAAUCGUCCAACUUCACGAGCACUUCAAACCAGAUUGAUGGCAGUAUGGGAUACAACUUCCAGGAUGGAGAUGCCAUACAACCAGUCAGCUUCCUAAAUGAGCUUCGUUUACAAUUGCAACUGACCACUACAACAGUGUUUCCAGAUUCAACAACCGGUUCCUCUGUGACUUCUCCAAACCUAAUAUCUGGUUCAGCAGUGGUCACAAGCAAGCUGCUGUUCAACUCUUCAUCUCCAGUCCCCAGUGAAGCUCUGGUCCUCAGUGCUAUCAACACUCUCCGGCAACGCAAAGAGUCACAGCUCAACGAUUCAGUGAAGGUGGUGAAUGUCACAUAUCAGAAGAUUUCCGAAACCUCCUAUGCUGUGGUCAUUACGUUUAGUCUGAGUAACAUCAGCAUGCCUGAAGUCCCUGAGCUCAGAAACAACACCUACACGAAAGUGCAGGAUGUUGUCAAUAAUGCGCUAAACACUCUUCUGAAUGAACCUGGCAAUACAACAUUACAACCCAAAUCGUCCAACUUCACGAGCACUUCAAACCAGAUUGAUGGCAGUAUGGGAUACAACUUCCAGGAUGGAGAUGCCAUACAACCAGUCAGCUUCCUAAAUGAGCUUCGUUUACAAUUGCAACUGACCACUACAACAGUGUUUCCAGAUUCAACAACCGGUUCCUCUGUGACUUCUCCAAACCUAAUAUCUGGUUCAGCAGUGGUCACAAGCAAGCUGCUGUUCAACUCUUCAUCUCCAGUCCCCAGUGAAGCUCUGGUCCUCAGUGCUAUCAACACUCUCCGGCAACGCAAAGAGUCACAGCUCAACGAUUCAGUGAAGGUGGUGAAUGUCACAUAUCAGAAGAUUUCCGAAACCUCCUAUGCUGUGGUCAUUACGUUUAGUCUGAGUAACAUCAGCAUGCCUGAAGUCCCUGAGCUCAGAAACAACACCUACACGAAAGUGCAGGAUGUUGUCAAUAAUGCGCUAAACACUCUUCUGAAUGAACCUGGCAAUACAACAUUACAACCCAAAUCGUCCAACUUCACGAGCACUUCAAACCAGAUUGAUGGCAGUAUGGGAUACAACUUCCAGGAUGGAGAUGCCAUACAACCAGUCAGCUUCCUAAAUGAGCUUCGUUUACAAUUGCAACUGACCACUACAACAGUGUUUCCAGAUUCAACAACCGGUUCCUCUGUGACUUCUCCAAACCUAAUAUCUGGUUCAGCAGUGGUCACAAGCAAGCUGCUGUUCAACUCUUCAUCUCCAGUCCCCAGUGAAGCUCUGGUCCUCAGUGCUAUCAACACUCUCCGGCAACGCAAAGAGUCACAGCUCAACGAUUCAGUGAAGGUGGUGAAUGUCACAUAUCAGAAGAUUUCCGAAACCUCCUAUGCUGUGGUCAUUACGUUUAGUCUGAGUAACAUCAGCAUGCCUGAAGUCCCUGAGCUCAGAAACAACACCUACACGAAAGUGCAGGAUGUUGUCAAUAAUGCGCUAAACACUCUUCUGAAUGAACCUGGCAAUACAACAUUACAACCCAAAUCGUCCAACUUCACGAGCACUUCAAACCAGAUUGAUGGCAGUAUGGGAUACAACUUCCAGGAUGGAGAUGCCAUACAACCAGUCAGCUUCCUAAAUGAGCUUCGUUUACAAUUGCAACUGACCACUACAACAGUGUUUCCAGAUUCAACAACCGGUUCCUCUGUGACUUCUCCAAACCUAAUAUCUGGUUCAGCAGUGGUCACAAGCAAGCUGCUGUUCAACUCUUCAUCUCCAGUCCCCAGUGAAGCUCUGGUCCUCAGUGCUAUCAACACUCUCCGGCAACGCAAAGAGUCACAGCUCAACGAUUCAGUGAAGGUGGUGAAUGUCACAUAUCAGAAGAUUUCCGAAACCUCCUAUGCUGUGGUCAUUACGUUUAGUCUGAGUAACAUCAGCAUGCCUGAAGUCCCUGAGCUCAGAAACAACACCUACACGAAAGUGCAGGAUGUUGUCAAUAAUGCGCUAAACACUCUUCUGAAUGAACCUGGCAAUACAACAUUACAACCCAAAUCGUCCAACUUCACGAGCACUUCAAACCAGAUUGAUGGCAGUAUGGGAUACAACUUCCAGGAUGGAGAUGCCAUACAACCAGUCAGCUUCCUAAAUGAGCUUCGUUUACAAUUGCAACUGACCACUACAACAGUGUUUCCAGAUUCAACAACCGGUUCCUCUGUGACUUCUCCAAACCUAAUAUCUGGUUCAGCAGUGGUCACAAGCAAGCUGCUGUUCAACUCUUCAUCUCCAGUCCCCAGUGAAGCUCUGGUCCUCAGUGCUAUCAACACUCUCCGGCAACGCAAAGAGUCACAGCUCAACGAUUCAGUGAAGGUGGUGAAUGUCACAUAUCAGAAGAUUUCCGAAACCUCCUAUGCUGUGGUCAUUACGUUUAGUCUGAGUAACAUCAGCAUGCCUGAAGUCCCUGAGCUCAGAAACAACACCUACACGAAAGUGCAGGAUGUUGUCAAUAAUGCGCUGAACACUCUUCUGAAUGAACCUGGCAAUACAACAUUACAACCCAAAUCAUCCAACUUCACGAGCUCUUCAAACCAGAUUGAUGGCAGUAUGGGAUACACCUUCCAGGAUGGAGAUGCCAUACAACCAUUCAGCUUCCUAAAUGAGCUUCGUUUACCGACAGACUUAACAACAGCCAGCCCUCUGACAACAAUCACAACUUCUCCACCGACUUUGAUUGGCAGAGUGAUUAUAUUCAUUCGCAUUGUGUUUGUCACACUUGGUCCCCUACCAAACGAAAAUGAGAUUGUUCAGGUGGCCAACAAUCUGCUGUACUCACGUCUCGCGACUAAACUAGCCACCAGAACAGAACCCCUGAGUGAUCCUGUGAACUUUGUGAAUAUCACAUAUACAAAAAUUAAUGAGACCGCCUAUGCUCUCAACUUUGGAUUUGAAAUCAGCAAUGUAUCCAUGUCUGAGAAACUUGAAUUCAGGAAUGAAACCUACCUGACAAUACAAGACUCUAUAAAUACACUGCUGAACAAGAUCCUGAAUAAUGAAUCAGCUCCUACAAUUAAGUUCCAACCAGGCGAUUUCACAGAAUUCUCGGGCAAUUCCUCCACGAUUCAGGCCAAUGUUACAUAUGUUUUCUCAAACAGUAACAUCACACAACCCAGCAUCUUUAUCAAGCAACUUCUCCAGGCUAUCAGAGAGAGCACUUUGACAACAGCAAGCCCUUUGACAACAGCGAGCACAGCUACUCCACAACCUAUUAGUAAGGUGGUUAUUAAGAUUCGCCUUGUGUUUGUCACACUGGGCCCAAUACCAAGUGAGAGUGACGUUCUAAGGGUAGUUAAAUCUGUGUUGGCCUCAAAUCUCACAACUAAACUAACCACCAGAGCAACAGUAAUCCCAAGUAACCCAGUGAUCAAGGCGGAUGUCACUUAUUCGAGAAUUAAUGACACUGCCUAUGCUCUCGACUUUGAAUUUGAAAUCAUCAAUUUAUCCGUGAAUAAUGCACAAAAGGAUCAAGCCUAUGGAGAAAUACAAAACAAGAUAAAUAAUUUGGUGAUCGAGAUCCUAUCGAACCCCUCAGCUGCUCUGCCAAUUAUUCAAGCCAGUUUCAAUGAUUCAAUUUCCUCCAUAAUUAUCGCCAAUGUUACCUAUAUUUUCUCACAAAAUGACAGCAACAGUUACACACUUUUUGGUCGCUUGGUCGGACAACUUUUCAUCACUUUUACCACACCUGCUCCAACCACCAUUAACACUACAGUCUCAAACAACAGUACAAAUGCAGCAUGGGUUGUGGCUAUCAUUGUCCCUGUGGCUAUUGUCCUCGGGCUUAUACCUUGCUGGAUUCUCCUUUGUUGUUUACUCUGUGGGUGCUGUGCAGCAAUCAGAAGACGUUGGCACAGAAGACAGUCGUACAACGUGCAGUACACCACUCGAAACAGCCUCUUCUAGAGAUAUUUAGAGCGCAAAAAAAGGACUGAACACCAGUUAAAACAUAAAUAUAAUUUAAGCUUUGGAUUUUCAAUACUGACUCCUUUGUAGUGAUGAAUGUACUAUAUUAAUGCUUAUUUUAUUUUAUAAAUUAUUUAUUUUAUUAUGCCUGUAUUGCUACACAAACAGAAUCUCCAUAAAAUGAUGCUAAAUGUGAUUUCUUCAUACUUUCUCUGUAGUGUAUAAUGAUAUGUAUUGUUUUUAUUUAUUUGUAUAUAUUUAUAACAUUCAGUUUACAGUUAAUUAAUAAUCUUGUGCAAAUCAUGUCUACUUGACAUUACACAUUUAACUUAAAGGGACAAAGGGACUAAUUCAAAGAAGAUUUGAAUUAGAGUUGCUUAUGUAUUCAUACUCCAUGCACUUUAUAAAUGCAAAGCAAAUGUAGGUUCUGCAAGUCACUGGCAUGAACAUUUUAAACUGCAAAUAACUAAUAAAAAUACUAGAUGUAUCAAUACAAA